AUACACAUGUAAGUCUGUAAGUAUGUUUUAAUAUUUAAACAAUGAGUCCGAACAGCAUAAACACAGUGCAUGCACUGGGGCUCUCUGGUGGGGGGGCGGGGGGGCCCUGGGUCUGCCCCCUCCCGCAGAAAGCCCGGGGUCGCCCCUGUCCUGUUCAGACGGGAUUAAAGUCUCCAGCAGCUCCCGUGUGUCCGGACUCCUGGAGCAAAGCUGCCCGCCGCGAGCCUUCCUGCUGCGCGUCCCUCUGCCGGCGACACCGCAGCCCCCCAUGUAGGACGUUAUUUAGUCCCGCAUGCCCGCCUGUCUGUGAGACAUGGACCGGGUCGGCCUCGGUGUCGCGCUCGGAUCUCGGAGGCCUCGGCACGUCGGCUCGUGUCUGAGCUGAAGCCGUCGGAGGGUUUCUUCACCAUGACGGGGGCAAAGCGGGCGGAAGUGCGGCGGCUUUGUGUCCACGGGGCGUCUGCUGGCGUGAGUCCGCUCCCGCACGACAGGACUGUACUACUGUUACUGUGAGAUACGAGCUGACAGCAGACAGGAAACCCGGUCUGAAUAGUGAUGAACCACCGGUCUGGGCUGCCACCGGGACCGGGAUUUUACUGGCGACCGGCACGAGCUUCUGUGGAAAACACGGAGACAUGACAUGCACGAGGAAGAAGAGGAAACGCAGCGUCGGCUUCUUUAAAACCUCUGUUUUUCAAAGGGAGUCCGCAACAGGCUUUGACAAAGACCUGGACCGCGGCUGUCUGUAACGCCGUCAGGUGCUGCUGCCCCUCUUUUGCAGGCCUGCCACUUGUUUUUCUGAGGGGGCAGCCAGGCGGAUCUGAAGCCGUAUUUCAUGUAGACCGCAACAGACGGCCUUCCUGCCGCCGCGAGGAGGACGAGCAGCCCGCAGCAGACUCCUGGAGAGGAUCAGCAGGUGAGACGACAUAUUACACCAAAGGGACCCUGCUCGAAAUGGGGCGAUGUGGAUUGAGGUGUUCCUGUUCCUCGUGAACUGCGGAAAGAAGGAAGCAACCACGAGGACGAAGGAACGACUAGCAGGCGGAGGAGGCGCGGAGGGGUGGUGGCUUUGGUGUCUGAAGAAAAGGUGGUAUGGGUGGGGGGGCAUUCGGGAUGGCGAAUGCAAACGAGAGCAGCGAAGGGCCCGCUGGGCCCAUGGCAGCAGUGGUGGCUACCGCAGGAGGGAUGGUCGCAGAGAGUCCUUCCUCAGCUGUCUCUACCUAUAUCAAACUGGUGCUACUGGGGCUGAUCAUCUGCAUCAGCCUGGUGGGCAACCUGGUGGUGUCUCUGCUCAUACUACGGGACCGGGCCCUUCACAAGGCACCUUACUACUUCCUGCUGGACCUGUGCCUGGCAGACACCAUUCGCUCAGCCAUCUGCUUCCCCUUUGUGCUGGUGUCCAUAAAGAACGGCUCUGCCUGGACCUACAGCGUGCUGAGCUGCAAGGUGGUGGCCUUCAUGGCAGUGCUCUUCUGCUUCCAUGCCGCCUUCAUGCUGUUCUGCAUCAGCGUAACACGCUACAUGGCCAUUGCACACCACCGCUUUUACUCAAAGCGCAUGACAUUCUGGACAUGCGUGGCAGUGGUGUGCAUGGUGUGGACACUGUCUGUGGCGAUGGCGUUCCCGCCUGUUUUUGACGUGGGCACCUACAAAUUCAUUCGCGAGGAGGACCAGUGCAUCUUUGAGCAUCGCUACUUCAAGGCUAAUGAUACGCUGGGCUUCAUGCUAAUGCUGGCUGUGCUCAUUCUAGCCACGCAUGUUGUCUACAUGAAGUUACUCCUCUUUGAGUACAAGCACCGCAAGAUGAAGCCGGUCCAGAUGGUGCCGGCCAUCAGUCAGAACUGGACCUUUCACGGGCCGGGGGCUACUGGCCAAGCGGCAGCCAACUGGAUUGCGGGCUUUGGCAGGGGCCCAAUGCCGCCCACUCUGCUGGGAAUCCGGCAGAACUUGCACAACCAGAACCGGCGCCUGUUGGGCAUGGAGGAGUUCAAAGCGGAGAAGCAGCUUGGCAGGAUGUUCUACGUGAUCACCCUGCUGUUCCUGGUGCUCUGGUCUCCCUACAUAGUGGCUUGCUAUUGGAGGGUGUUUGUCAAGGCCUGCACAAUACCACACCGGUACCUCUCCACCACCGUGUGGAUGAGUUUCGCCCAAGCCGGGGUCAACCCUAUUGUCUGUUUCUUCCUUAACAAAGACUUGAAGAAAGGGCUCCUUUCCCACCUACCAGCCUGCUGCAGGACUAAACCUCAUCUGCCACGAGAGCCUUAUUGUGUCACGUAAACAGAGAUGGUGAUCUAAACAUGGAGAACAACCAGGGGGCAGCCAACAGAUGUGUUGUGGGAGUGUUUGCUUGAGUUAUUGUGGCGUUUCAUUCAGUGCAAGCUACUUUUAAGCAGCGAGUGUAAACUAGUGAGUGUGAUGGUAAAAACACUGGAAUGGCAAGCAUGUAUUUCCAUCUGCCAAUCCGUUUUCACUCAAAACAGCAUACAUGGAGUCAGACCUUGACUUCUGAUAACAAGAGGAAAAUACUUUAAUAGCAAAACAAGCAAGUAAUAAUGCAGUCACUGUGGAAACCAAGCCAGACCAAAAGCCACCAACAAAUUACAUGAGCUGCUUUAUAAAGAACGUCAAAGUGGCCAAUUAGAAAAGUCCUGGAUUGACACAGAGGAUGUUUGAGUUGGUUUGGAGAUUAAAAAGAUUCCUGAAGAGGACAAAGAUCAACUUUUCUAGUCUAAAUCUAAAUUCCACUAACAUGCUGGAUUAGUUAGCAAAGUCAGAUAAUCUUAUUUGUACAGUGACGGUGGAGAGACGAGAGGAAACGAUGGAGAGAGAGAGAGAUGCAACAAAGGUCCUCGGCCAGAUUUGAACCGGCGUCCUAACCCCUAAACCGGGGGGGCUUAACCCCUAAAUGCACCUUUUAAAAAAAAAAAAAAAGUAUUUGAUUAUUAGUACUUGACAUUAUUUAAAAAAUAUCAUUCCACACAACACUCAAUCCAAAGACUCUUUUUGUUCAGCUGUUUACCCGCGAAGAGUCAGUUAUCUCAAAGUACGAGAGGCGGGAAUCAGUUCAGAUUAUAAUACAUUACGUCGCCUUCUGGCCUGGAAACGAUCUAGAGAUCCAGUCUAAGUCUUUAGAAACACUGUGUUCUUGAAGUCAUGCUGGGGUCCUUUGACUCGGGGGGGGGGGGCAGUGAGAUGGUUUGACUGACGCUCCUGUGAUGCUCUUCACUGAAGGAGGAACAUAACGUCACUGUGUCUUGUGUCUGAAGCAAACGCAUCAGUGACAGAAACACCGACCCGUGCUGCGCAGCGGCUUUUCUGACUAUUAAAACAAACGAAGGUCCUUUCCAGGUGACUGCAGCAAUGUACUACUGACACAGGUGUGCUUUAAAUUCUGUGCAUCACUUGAAGACAAAAGAUCAGCUGCCUGAGAUCAGCUCAGUUAAGGGUGAGCAGAGGCAGCUUGUUAUAGUCUCAACGCAGUGCCCAGCUGCAUAAAACACACUUUCAUUAUCUGCCCAUCGUACUGAGGAUGUGUUGGAAAUCACUUCCCAUUGGCUACAUGGUGCACUUUAUUUACUUUACGCUGCUUUGUGUCUGAAGUUUAAAAUGUAUGCACGAUGUAAUGCCCUCAAAAAUCCCCACAGCGAAACAAACAAACGCCCAGAGUGGAUUUUUAGUUAAAAACCCAACGACACAACAAAGCUGUCAGAAUGUCCACAGAGACGGUCCGCCGCGGCGUCCUCUCGGCGGUCGGCAGAAUCCCGUGAAUGUAUGUAAAAGCCUGUUUGUUGACAGCUGAGAAAUGAACAUUUAAUGAUUCAUUUUAUUUGUUACUGACUUUGUCGGCAAAACUGCUUUUUCUCGUUUGUUUCUGUCCCUGAAGUUAUUCACUCUUCAGCACUAAACAUCAUCAAAACCAGUCAAGUGUAGCGGCAGUGUAUCUGUUACACAUUAUAGAAACGUGUUCUGGACUCGGAUGUACUCUGCCUCCACGUGUAGAUGUGUUGAAUACAUCGCGAGCCCUUUUCGCUCUGCAGUGGAGCUGUUUGACAUGCUGGCCCUCACUCUUUAGUCCUGUAAACUUCAGUUACGUGAUUCUGUGACGAAGCAGAAAGAUGAUGGUUCCUGAAACCUCACUUGACUUGGGAGCGGGUCGUCCUCUAAUCGGAAGGUCGGCGGUUCGAUCCCGGCUUCCCCCGGCCCACGUGUCGAAGCGUCCCCGGGCAAGACACUGAACCCCACGUGGCUCCCGAGGCUGAGCCUUCAGUGUGUGAAUGUGACGUGUAGUGUGAAGCGCUCUGAGUGGUCAGAAGGCGCUACGCAAGUACAGUCCAUUUACCGUUUAUUCACCGCAGAGUAACUGAAGUGCUCAUGUUGUCAGGACGAGGGAGUAAUUUCUAACAGUCAAAUCAAAUCAGGAAUCAAAUCUGGAUUAUUAUAUUAAAACUCAGAAAACAGCUGCACUGGCUGAUCAACACGUCAAAGUGAAGACAGGAGAAAGUCUCCACGGGACACUCUUCUCUCUGUUUCAUUCUGUUUGGCCCUGAAAGCAUUUAGUUGUCGUCUCUCACUCGUGCAGCAGAAAACACACGGGAAGGAAUUCGUUUCAGGCUUUGAACCUACAGAUUAAACCUUCCUGGUUUUUCCUGAGUCACAAGUUACGUCCGUAAAACAACUUUUACUGAAGAGAACUGCUAAAGAAAAUCUCGUGUAUGUAACUGGGCACUGGUGACUGCAUCCAGCUCUCCAAUCGGGUUCGUUCAAACACACAUUUGCUCCAUGUGAAAAACAGUCUAUCAAGUGAGAUGUGACAAAAUACCAAAGCAGAGGCCAGACAGGAGCUUUAGGACAACGGGGGCUACUAAACACUGUGGACUCAGUCACGUUCGUACGUACAAGCUUUUCCCAGACGGGGUAAAUUCACUCAGAAUUAGGAGGUACUGAUUCAAAAGAUAUAUACAUAUAUAUCCAAAUUCUAAGAUACUAUUACUCGUAUUUUCUUUUUAAAGCAAAGUGAUGAUACUAAAUCUAAACUGACUUUUCUAAGAUGUCAGAAUUAUUACUUUUCAGGCCAAAAUAAGAGAAAUAAUAAUACGUUUUUAAAAAGUUAUUUCAUCCUGCGUCUCGACGAUAACGAGGUAAACACUGAGACGUCUGGCACCAGAAUCUUUUACAAACCCUGAAGCUUCCUUUAACUCAGCUCGUGAUGUUGAUGUGGAGCCUGGGAGAAACGAGACUGAAGGUACCGGAGGUGUGAGGAUGCAGCAGAAGGCUCAUCUGCUUUAUUUUUGCACAAAUCUAAAUAAAUCGAUGAACUGUGCUUCUUUCACGUUUCGCUCUGAAAACAGUGUAACUCGAAGUUUAGGUGGAAGUAAAGGGCCGAGAUUGUAAUCCGGCAGUGAAGGUCUGAAACAUGACACAGUCCUGAGACUGAGGGCAAACAAAGUGUGUUUGGGGGUUUGAGGUGCCCCUUUGUCUCUGCUGGGCUCAUCUGAAACACCCGCCAACAGCACGCCAUCUUGUUUUUAUUUUCAGAGUUAUGGCCUUACUCCAUUAAAACGUCAAACCAAUGCAACAAAGAGCAGACAAACGUGUCUCUUCUGUACGUCUGAAGUCAUUGGACAGGAGGAAACAGAACACUGUGUACACUACUGACACUUCCCAUCAGAACCUGCAGGACCGACGGCGGGAACAAGAAAGGACUUUUCUGUUGCCGGCCGAGGAUCUGAUGAGCCCGCUCUGGACGUUUGAGUCUCUCAGUUGUUUUCCUCUCGGACAUCAACGUGAGGAAUGAAGGGAAAAUGACUUUCUGUCUUUCUAACUUCAUCUCUGAGACAAAGCCAGAGAAGAGACGCUGGAGAGGCCGGGCAGUGCUUUUUUAGUUGCCUCAGGCAGAUUAUCUUUUGUAAAUUUACUGUGACCUCUGUACUAUUAGUGUGUAUUAUAUGACAGCAAACCAACUUUGAAAUGCAAGGAAGAGUUCCUGAUCAUCGUAUUUUUACUGUGUGUGUGUGUGUGUGUUUCUAUUGGCAGGUGUGUGUGUGUGUGUGUGUGUGUGUGUAAGAUGACGGUUACAUGGAUGAGACAGAAAACGUUUUGAAGACAUCGUUCCUGCAAAUGCUUCCUCAGUAUUUCUCAUGUUGCAAUCUUUUCCUGCCACAAAGAUCUGAAUGUUUUCAAACCGAUGAAGUUUACUCAAAGUCCCUUUUGUAAAACAUGAAAUCGAUGAUUAUUAAUUGGACUGGAUUUUUUUGUACAUAUUUAGGGAUAAUGAAGAGCGUCCGGACAGGCCACAUGUGACUGCAUACACUGGCGUCUUUCUGAAUGUGUCAUUGAAGAAUUAGUACAGCAAACUACAAGGUUCAUGAUGAUAAAUAACCAAUAACUGUACAUAAAAAACACUUUGGCAUCAAGUCAGCACUCAAUUUGCUCUUCUCUUUAAAGGAUUCAGCUUGGGUCUCCAUCAUUCCCGGCAGUAAUAACAACUGUUCUGAGAUCUGCGAACACCUCCCAGUCUGAAGGGUCAACAAACAGUCAGGUGAUCAGACAGCUGGGAAACUUACCUAUUUGUGUUCCUGUCCAAUGAGGGAUUAUUUCUGGCAUCGUCUUCGUCUGGAUAAACUGCUAAACUGUUGUUUCCUGUCUGAUCGUCUGACUGCUGGUGUUUCUUCCUGUCAGACUUUGGUUGUAGCGAUGUCGCCGUGUUCACAGAUCUAAGAAGGAACCAACAGAAAUGACGGCUGAAAUUACAAAGAAAUAAAACCCAAGUUUUAGUAAACUGGACUUAUCCUUUAAUCCUCGCCUCUGGGCUCAAAGACUGGCUGUAAGCCGGCCUGGUCGCACCAGACAGAGCAGAGUGUGAAGCUGUCGUUGCACUUGUCAAGCAGCACCGGCAGCUAGCGGUCAAGCUAGCUAAACCAGUAACAAAAUACAGCAACAUACAGUCAAACAAGAUAUUAUCGUUCAGCAUUAUAUCGGUUUGAUAUCAGCCGACGAUGUAAACGGGCUUGUUUACAGAAGUUCACCAAAGUUGACUCCAGUAGUUGUAAUAAUUCCAUUUUAAAUGAACAGAGUUUGGUGUGAAUUGUUUGCUGUCACGAACGCUGGUGUGAUGGGCCCCUGAAAGAAAAGGAGCCAAAUUCCAAUGUGACGAGUGAAUGUCCAAAUGAGUCUUUGGUAGUUCUGCUGUGUUACUGUCAAACACGCACAGUAACAAGGCAUCACAGCGGCUUCAAACACUAUAAAAUAUUCUUUGGGAGAAACUCACAACACUGCAGUGUCUUAGAGAGGGUGCCUCUGAAUUCUCCAGUUUUAUUUUGAAGUAGAACAUUAAAUGUCAAAGGUUAAAAGAAAAAUCUCAUCUCGGUGCAUCCUGAAUUUUAAAAAAACCACAUAAAAAAAUACCAAAAGGUUUGAAGGAUGUGAAAGGAAUUUCUUCUGACCUCCGAAAAUCAAGUCAGACGCUGCGGUUUCCCUUUGUUAUGUAUUAUUAAAAAAAGUGGUUGAGCUAUUACGCAUGUCUCUGGCGAUUUAUGAUUUUUGUUGUUGGUUUUGUAACGAAAAUAAAUUUCAUUUGAAAUGAUGAGAACAUUA